AUUUCGUCCAUCUUAACUAUUACAUGAAUGCUAACUUCUCAGAAAUAAGUACUUGGUUAAGAUCGCCAAGAUCGUGUCAACCAAUCAGCGCAAGGGUUACAUAGACCUACUAAGUCUUAUAUCAUAAAUCAAUAUCUCGUGAAGUUUUCUGUGGAGUACGACACCCGGUUUGUUUGACAAUUCACUUAGGAAGCGUCAUUCGUAAAUUCCAUGGUAGCAUUUUGUAAACAAACUAUUAAAUUUUUAGUUUAUUUAAAUUAAAUUAAAUUAUUUAUUGUUUGUUUUCAUGUCUCUCGUAUCAAACUAAUUGAUAUUUUCAGGUAUUAUAUCAAUGAAGAAACAAAAAGUGAAAUUCUCUGUGCUGGUGCAAGAAGAAGAUCUCCAAAAAUCUUGGUCCUUCUGGACUUUAGUGACGCGUUCACAAGAAAUUGCAACACCGGACGGGAGAUAUGUUGUCAGAAGAUCUGAUAUUUCAGCCAAGUUAGUUGAUAAGCCAUUCAAGUUAAAGAUUCUGUAAAUAGUAAAAGGGGGUGGCAGUGGCGAAUUCAGUCUCCAAGCAGUGCAUAUUAUGAGGCUUCUCUUUUUAUAACUGAUCUUAAAGCAUUAAUUUUUUAAGAAAGAAGUUGACUAGUGAGCCUGUAAAUCAGUGAAGAGAAACGUCCACCAGCGGUCAUUCGCAGAUUGACAAAGAAAGUCUUUCAACUUAUUUUGAAGGACAAAUCCAUAAUUACAUUGCAGUCCUGGAGUCCCUGUUUUAGUGUAUGAUUGUUUCUCAUUCUUCACUACAUAUUUUCUGAACUAUUCAUAGUUCCCUAAGACAUGUGAAAUUUUCCCAUCUUCCUCUCAUUUUACAUUUGACUGGCACGAUUUCGAUCAUCCUUUCUAAAGUGUUGACAAACAGGACAUUUCUUUGUGGAACAAAAUGGAAUUUAAAUUCUUUCCGUCUCUAGAGCAAGUUGCGUCCGUAAGGGUUGCUGUGCUUCUCAUACAGCAACAUGAAGAAUUAGGAAGGUUGUUGGAUAAGGAUAUACAGAUACCUCAACAAAAUCACUUUUUCGAUCUCCAGAGACAUUGCUUAUGGAAUUACAUACAUUACAUAGUAGGGCGGGAAUUGGCGUUAAUUCCUACUCCUCUUCAUUUAAAAGUACUCAAAAUGAUCCAGCCAAUGCAUUUCCAAGCUACUUUGUGGUUAAAAGAUCAUGAUUUUCUACCACACAGAAAAGGUUUUUCUUUUAACUACAGGAAAAUGCUUUGCUGGAGUCCCGAUGGAUCGAUCGACAGGGAAGGAACUGCUAUGAAGUAUGUAAAGAUGCAAGAAUUUGAUACUCGCGAUCGCUUCAUAAUGGCCUGCAAUUAUGGUUUUGAGGAACAAAUCCUGCAUCUCUGGGAUGUAGUUAAAAUAGUUGGCAUAAAUUGCACGGCCAGAAGGGGAGUUAAUUCAGCAGUAAGAUUAUGGAUGGAUCUGCUUCGGAAUGGGUGUACCUCACCUUCGAAGGAAAAAGCAGAAGCACAUUUCGCAAUUGAAAAUUUAAAGCCAACCGACAUACCCUUGAGAUUAAGCACUUAUUUUAAAUAUUUAUCACCGGCACUCCGGCAGGAGUAUUUUAAACCUCUUGGUCGUCAUCACCUGCAUGAAGAUGAUUUUCGUAUGUGUCUACCCCAGAUGGGGGAAGCAGAACGAGAUCGAUUGUUUAAGGCGCAACCAAUCGAUGCACUCGGCCACUAUUUGGAACAUCCAUUCGAAUUUCGUUUCAUAAAGAUGGCCAAAAAACUGUCACCUGAUAUGGUGUUAAAUGAUUAUAUAAUCAUCUUAGAUGUCAUGCUCAAGCUUUUCAUGCUAUGUGGGGAUCUAUAUUCAGAUCUUAUGAAAGCAUAUUGGGCAAAGAUUCCUGCUUUAAUGAAACGCAGAAUCAAGAGAACCCGUCAUUUUAAGGUUUAUAACAGAGUCUUCAAACACAAGCAAAAUCGGUUACGAAAUCUUCAAGAAAUAAUUGGAGUGUAUCAUUUUUCUUAUAUAAAGUAGUUAGCUUCACACUUAGAAACUUCCUAGUAGCUUUCUAGAAACUUCAUUUCUUAACCUAGUAGCUUUAGUUAUCAGCUAGUAUUCAGUAGUUUUAGUCUCAAGUCUGAAAGCCGAGCUUUUCGAUGUGAAAAUGUUAAAAUCAAUAUUAUCAUUUUUUUUUAUUUAAUAAAGUGAAAUUUUUCAGUGAAA